AUGAAAAUUAUUGGUCUCGCGUUGGUGGCUGCUCUGUCCGGGGGAUUUGCCACAGUGUGUCAAAGGUGCUGUGCGCCUGUAGCAACAGGCUGUGCUCCUGCCUUCCUCCAGACUGACCAGGGUUUCCUCGUCACCGACUAUACGUUUUGUCAGGAAUGUCAGUGCGAUGACCCAAGCGGUGGUUGCGGUUGGCUAGCGUACGGCGUAGGACGUAUCCAGUGCAGCUCCUGUGAAUUUCUCCGGCCUGUCGCGCGUGAGCUUCCUGGAGCAGAGGUAUCAGGCUGUGGCACAAUCGCUCUUAACGGGCAAGUCGUGUACAACGACAUGCCGGACACAACUCAAGCACGUAAGUGGAACACGUGCGGCUAA